AUAUUCACACGAUAUGGAAAAUGCUACACGUUCAACUCUGGGAAAGAUGGUCAAAAGCCGCUGAACACGCUAAAAGGUGGCACAGGGAAUGGACUCGAAAUUAUGCUGGAUAUUCAACAAGAUGAGUACCUACCUGUAGACGGAGAGACCGAAGAGACCUCUCUGGAGGCAGGAGUCAAAGUUCAAAUACACACUCAGGAAGAGCCCCCAUUUAUAGAUCAGCUGGGGUUUGGAGUGGCUCCUGGAUUCCAAACUUUCGUUUCGUGCCAGAAGCAGAGUCUGGAGUACCUGCCUCCCCCUUGGGGUAAAUGUAAGAGCACCCCACUGGAUUCUCCCUAUUUCAAGACCUACAGUAUCACGGCUUGUCGCAUCGACUGUGAAACACGAUAUGUGGUUGAGAAGUGCAAUUGUCGCAUGGUUCAUAUGCCAG